UUAGGAUUAACCAGCACACUUGAUUUCAUCCUUUUUGUGGAGAAAACCAGUGAUUGCCGUUCACGUUAGUCUACCUGCGUGCCCCUUCCCGGAAAUUCUGAACUCAAACCACACUGAUAUCACAGAAAAAGCAAAUGUGCACAAACUUCGUCAGACUUCAAUCUGAUUGUGUUAAUAUGUGAGCUUGACUCGGCUGGUCGCUCGUGGUGGUCACGAGAGCUCAUCAAGUGGAGCGCUGAUAUUGCUUAUCUCGUGUGAGGUGCAGCGCCUCGGAGGAGCCUCAUACUCUUCAUCAUUCUCUCUCUCUCUCUCUCUCUCUCUCUCUCUCUCUCUCUCUCUCUCUCCAUGGCGAGAAAGACCUUGGCUUGUAAAGGACAUCAGUCGCUUUCAUUUGAUUGUAUUUAAUGUGUUUUACACCUUGUAAAUGGCCGUCAUUUUGCACUGAUGGUGUAUUUGUGGUAGGUUAGUGUUGUGACAUGUGGUGGUUCAAUCAUGGCACGGGGUCUGAUACCGUGGAUCUGGCUGAAGAGACCCGUCUAUAUCCAGACCCGGUUCUCCUACCUACACAUGAAGUACCUGUUCUUUUCCUGGCUGGCUGUUUUCGUGGGAAGCUGGGUGGUGUAUGUGGAAUACUCAUCUUACACAGAACUCUGUCGUGGACAUGAGUGCAAGAACUCUAUUUGUGAAAAAUUCCAGAAGGGGAUGAUUGAAGGCUCCGCCUGCAGCAGCUUGUGCGAGAAGGGCAGUCUUUACUUGGGGAAGUGUCUCUCUGCCAAACCCAGCAAUCAGGUAUAUUCUGGCAGUUGGGGAGAUAUCGAAGGGAUCAUAAAGUGUCCCAUACAGGAGGUUCCUCAUUAUGAUCUGGGUGUAGAAUUAGAGCCCCAUAAAGAGUCAGUCUCCUUUAACAGCCCAACCAAAGGGACAUCUAUGGAGAAAUUCAAAGAGAUGGUCUUCAGCCAUCUAAAGGUAAAAGUAGGAGACCAAGCCAACCUACAGGAUUUGGUGACCCUUGUGUUUGGAGUCGCUGACAGCAACAAGGAUGGUCAGAUCUCCCUGUCAGAAGCACAUUCAGCUUGGGCUUUACUGCAGCUCAAUGAAUUUCUGCUCUCCAUCGUGUUGCAGGAUCGAGGGCACACUCCCAGACUGCUGGGCUUCUGUGGAGACUUGUAUGUGAUGGAGAAGGUGCCUUACGUACCACUCUAUGGCGUCAGCCUACCAUGGAUAGUAGAGCUGUGGAUUCCAGCCAGUCUGCGACGCAGCAUUGACCAGUGGUUCGCCCCCUCGUGGCCACGCAAGGCAAAGAUAGCCAUUGGUCUGUUUGAGCUUGCUGAGGAUAUCUUCCAUGGAACAUUUGGAAGUUUCCUUAUGUGCGAUGUUUAUGCUGCAGGGUUUGGUUACACAGAGCGCUAUGAUAUAAAGGUGGUAGAUGCAAGACACAUCGUUCCUGAAGCUGCUUUUCAGGAAACAAUGCGUGAAAGACGGUGUGAAGAGGACAGUGACUGCGUGUAUGGUAGGGACUGCCUCACUUCCUGUGACCUCACGAAACACCGCUGCACCACAGAGGUGACACAGCCAAAUCUGACCAAAGUAUGUAGCACACUUAAGGACUAUCUUCUCUAUGGUGCACCAUCAGACAUAAAAGAUGAACUGGAGAAACAGUUGUAUGCCUGCAUCUCUCUCCAGGGUGCCACUGAACAGAUGGAAAUGGAGCACUCAUUAAUUCUCAAUAACCUUAAAACUUUGCUUUGGAAGAAGAUAUCCCACACGAAAGACUCCUAAUAAAAAAUAACUAAGUAAUUACUCUAUAUUAAUUCUAUACAGAACACAGGUGAUAUAAACAAUAGACUGGGGCUGUCUGAUUGAAUUUAUACAACCAUGAAUCCUGGAACCCAAUUAUUUUUUGUUGCAGCAUAUACCAAAAUAGACUUUGAUGCCACGUUCUUUGCAUUACUCAGUCUUGACUCAACCCCAAAUUGAAAUAGCUAUGGAUGCAGAGAAAUACUGCCUUUGCUAAUACAUGUCCUCCAGUGCAGAUAAAAUGCCACAUUGCUAUUCAUCCUGUGGAUCCCUGUUCAAGAAACAAUCAAACUGUAUCUAGUCUGCAGUUGGAAGAUAAAAUUUAGACAGUUCUAUUUCAACUAUAAAAAAGGAUAUAGAGCUGAAUUGCUGGAUUCACAACAGACUGAAUCAUGUUUGAAAAUGAACACAUUUUCAGCAACUGAUACAGCAACACAAUUUUGACAUUGUGGUCACACUUUUAUUCUAUUUCUUAACAUUAGGUAAGGCAAUAGGUAUCAAAACUAUUCAACAGCAUUUAUUAAUCUUGGAUGUUACUUUAUAAUAGCAUUUUUCAUUAUUAGUUUAAAUUAAGUCAUAAGGCAUUAACGUAACUUCUAAAUGAAUUAUUUGAACAAUGUGUUGCCAAAACUGCUAUACUGCCUAGGUGCAUUUUGAAUAGAUGUUUUAAGAGGCCUAAAAAUGCGUCUAUCACUGUUGAUGAUGACCCGAGAGCUCAAUUAUAGAUUAUAGUGAUACACAAGCUCUUGGUUCACAUUUUACCUUUGUUUUGUUUCAAAUUAGGACUUGGGGCAACUGAAACCUUUUACCAAAUUAAAGUACAUUUGAACAAACUUGGACUGCAUUCUUUCAGUUUCAAUCCUAUGAGUUUUGACAACAGCCUAUAUAGUGCUGAAACAUUGAUCUUGGCACUUCAAAUUCUGUCAAUGCUAAUGGUUUACCCUAGUCAAAAAUCAGGUUACACCAAAGAAAUAUUCCAAAAUCUUGGGCUACUUGUUAAAUGCAACAAUA